AUGGCCGCUAUUAGUUCUCCUUGGUACCCGGGUUCAGUUUCUGAUGCAGUGGCGGAAGCAAAUUCAAAGAAUGCCGUGUUCCUUGUGUAUAUAUAUGAUGAAAGCGAAGAUGGUCAGCGCAUGACUGAAAUAACUUCACGACCCAAGGCAGCAGCAGCCAUCAAAGAAAACACAGUCGCAUUGAAGCUCGCUCGCGUUUCAGAAGAGGCGAAUUUGUUUGGUCAACUUUUCCCCAUUGUACAAGUACCAUGCAUAUAUAUGAUUCGUUCUGGAGCGGUAUGUGACUACGCAUCAGGCAUUGUUACAGAAGACGAUCUUGUCAUGAAGAUAUCUCAGGCUUCCAAUACGACUAUGGGCGCGAACACGUCGUCAGCAAGCACAACGACAGCAGAAGCGUUAUCAGGAGCAACAGCAUCAGCGGUAUCACUGGCCGAUUCACCCUCGGUGCCAUCGUCAUCUGAUAACCAAACAACGCCAGCCAUAAUAGUAUCGGAAGGUCAGGGCUCAAAUCAACAAGAUGAGAAAAAGAUUAAAGCUGAUAAAGCGAAAAAACUAGUCGAAGAACGACGCCAGCAGAGAGAGAAGGAAAAACAAGAGGCUGACAAACAGCGCGAAUCCAAUCGGCGUGCGCAAGGUCGUACGAUGCAACAAGCGUACGCACAUCAUGAAGAUGCAAGAGAUAAGAAAGCGGCAGAAGACUAUGCGAGGAAACGAAAAGAGGAAGCGGAAGCCAGACGUCGGGUGAAGGAACAAAUCGAAGCAGACAAGGUCGAGAGGCAUGCGAGAAAAUUAGCCGAAAUAGCUUCGAGACAGCAACAGCAGCAACUAACAGAAGGAGAAUCGCAUAAAGCGUGUGUAGAUAAACAAAGCAGUUCGUUGAGUUAUGAAUAUUGUGAUCUUAAUAUACGUUUGCUUGACGGAGAUACAAUACGUAAUAAGUUUGGCACGUCGACGACUUUGCUGGAUGUUACAAAAUGGGUUGAAGAGCCAUUUCCAUAUCGUCAAUUCACUGCCGAGGAGAAGCUGUUGACCUUAUACGAGCUUAACCUUUGUCCCAACGCUACAUUAAUAUGUAAACCAGCAAAGGUUGUUGUUGGCACAUAUGAUCCAGCAGGAAAUACUUGGAGAAUAUUAGAGUACAGUUUCAGGGCUGUUGGAGGAAUCAUGGGAAAUAUCAUAGGAAUAGUGUGGAAUGCAUUAGGAUAUUUAAACCCAUUUAGCUAUUCUCAGCGUGCGAAUCCAAACAGAGGAAGAAGAGCAAACGGGGUAGAUGGAGCAACGAGCGAGCGGCAGAAACAAGAACAAGCGCGAUUGUUGAGAGAACAGCAGCGACGCGAAGAAGUGGCAAAUAGUAGUAGUGUUGUUGAGGAAGUGGAAAUGAGACGUCGAUGGGGGGACAAUGUUAAGACAUUGUCUCGUGAUGGCGAUGAAGAUGAUGAAGAAAAGAGACGAUGGACUUACAACGGCAAUUCCACCAAUCAAGAAUGA